AUGUCCGAGCAGCCGGAGAAGCCAAAUGACGGAUUUUUGGCACCAAGUUUGCCGGCGAAGCGUCUUCCCCGCUCCCCAUCGUCAGAAUCUAGUGGGACUUCACAGAGUACAAAGAAAGCCCGAACAAACCCAGAAUCAAGUACAAAAUCAGCUAAACAGGUGGAAUAUGUCGAUGAUUUCACCCCUCCAUCGUGGGCAGAAGUUCCUCCGUCCUCGUCAGACCUCUCCGCAGAGGUUAUGCAAAACGGAGUGAUCAAGGAGACAGUGAAACUCCGAGAAUUGGCCGGUCGAAAGAGCUAUGUUACAAUUGGGAGAGCCGAGAUAUGUGAUAUCAAAGUCCAAGUGACGGAAGCUUCUCGGAUCCACUGUUAUCUUCAGUAUGGUGAGGCCUUCGAUGGACGGGGGUGGUAUGUAUACGACAAAGGAAGUACACAUGGGACUUUCAUCAAUAAGCAGGAGCUGCCGAAGAAUGUGUUUUAUAAGGCCAAACCUGGAAGUAUUAUUCAAAUAGCGAGUAAGUAAGGUUUUUAUUUUUAUUGUAUUUGAUAUUUAGAAGCCAACUUUCAUCUGUUUCUGACCGGAUCUGAUGAAAAGACGGAGAGGGAAGCGGAAGUUAAGAAGCUGGUCAUCAAGCCUCCGACAGAGGAUGAAACACGUUCAAAAAGAUAUGAUACCGAUCCUCUAGGCGUUCUCAAAGAAUUCUGCGAUCGGGAAGGCCUUGACUUUGAAUUUGAAAAGAUUGUGGGCGAGAAGAAGGAAAUAACGUGCAACUUUGAUCUUCCUGACAAUGUAUGCGGAGGAGAAGGUGGAGUCUUUACAGCUGUCUCAACAAAUCCACAAGAAGCUCAAAAGGAAUGCGCAAGGAAAGUAUGCGCCCAUUUGGAUACUCUGGGCUUGAUAGGAGGUGGAAUUACAUGGCAAGCGAAGAAACAUCAGCAAGAUAACGACUUCUAUGAUGAUGAUGAAGAUACUUUCUAUGACCGUACCGGCCAAAUUGAAGCUCAGAGGGAGAAAAGGAUUCAGAGAUUCAAAGUGAGUCGUUUUUUUGCAUUUGUUUACUUUUUUGUAUUUAGGAAGAACAAGGGAUCAAGGAUAAGGCCAUGAGUUACGAAGAGAUCACUGAAAAGUUGACACAACUAAAGGAUACCGAAAAGGCAAUCAGCGAUCAGUUGGAACGUGUGCUCAAGCCGUUUUCUGAGACCAUAGUAAAUCCGGAUGAAGUUAAUGUUGGGUCGUUGAAAGCCAGUUUGUCGGUAAGUCGUGUUAUAUUGAAUUUUAUCUUGCUUUAGAUCAGAAUGGAAGUGUCUAGGUUAAAAAAGAAGUUGGAGGAAGCCCGGAAAGAAAUGAAGAUCAUGUCCAAAGCGGAGGAAGUGGCACGACCGGUAUCCAUGAAGUUAAAAGCGCCAAAACCUCGGGAAGUUACAGAGAAAAUAGCAGCUCCUCAAAUUGAGAAACAAGAAGAUCUACCGAAAAUGGAGGUGACAGAGGAAAAGGGUCCCGAAAUGCCUCCUCUAGAUGAAAUACCCCCUCUAGACGUCAAAGAAUCGACCAGUAAGCCCGUAGAAGAAUACCUUGAGGUUGCAAAGAAAUCAGAACCAAACGUUGAAGCCGCUGAAACUUCAAAACCUGAGAAGUCACUUCAGAGAGUUGGUGCCGACGGGAAAAAGUAUGGAUUAUUGUCGAGAACAGAGCUCAGGAAACAAGAUGAAGUGGCUAAAACAAAGAGGAAAGCCCAGGAAGAGUUUUUAGAUGAGCUGGAGUCAGAUGAGAAGAGGAAUAAAACAGAAGAGGUAAGAUUUUACCUAGUAUAAUAUAGGUUGAUCUCAAAAUUUCUUACAAAAAAAUUUCUUGUUAGUUUCUUGCCAAUUCUUAUAUCUUUCUUCUUCAGGAGGUCGAAAAGGACGAGGAACCAGUAUGGGCUCCUCCCACAGGACAAACUGGCGAUGGUAGGACCGCAUUGAAUGACAAACUCGGUUAUUAA